AUGGUCACCACGGCAGAGCGGUGGCCGAGGGCACCGGAACGGGGAGUGGCCCGGCCUGGGCUCUGGGCUGCGGCCGUGGGGCCGGGGGGAUGGAGCCCAUCCCCGCUGCCUCGGGUCUGUGGCAGGUACCACCUCUCCUACCUGACGGACGGGUGCUGGAGCACUGUGAGGCCGGCUGUCUUCUUCACCACCACCUCGGACGGGACCCUGGACGUCUGGGACUUCCUCUUCAAGCAGAAGGACCCUUCCCUCAGCCUGAAGGUCUGCGACGAGCCCCUCGCCAGCCUGCGCCUGCAGGACAACGGCUGCGUCGUCGGCUGCGGCUCGAAGCUGGGCACCAUCACCCUGCUGGAAAUCUCCUCGGGGCUCUGCACCCUCCAGAGGAACGAGAAGACCCUGGCCACCGCCAUGUUCGAGCGGGAGACGAAACGGGAGAAGAUCCUGGAGGCCCGGCACCGCGAAAUGCGGCUGAAGGAGCGCGCCAGGUCCGAGGGGCAGGGGACAGAGGUGGAGGAGAGGCCGGUGGAGAGUCCCCAGGAGGUGUUUGACCGCGCCCGCAGGGACUUCUUCGAGGUCAUCGAAGCGGAGCUGCAGAGGAGGGCGCGGGCAGGGACCCACCGCCCGCGGGGCGAGGUACCAGGGACGGGGGGAACCGGCGGUGAGUCCCUGCCGUGGCGCAGGGAACGGGGCUCAGCCUCUGCCUCUGAGCUUAAACACCAGGCGGGAGAGGAGGCGGCUGCGGAGGGGGAAGAGGGCCAGGCGCCCAGGGACGAGGAGGAGGAUGCCAAGGAGCCGUAGCCGAGACAGGACCGGUGGCUCGCACAGAAACCUUCGUGUUGGUCACAGAUGGCCCUUUGCCCUCCUGAUUUUUUUUUUU